AUGCAUCAGUGGCUGUUCUCAGAAGUAGCAGUGCUCGAGGCGGAAAAUAUGUUCCGCGAAAUGUUAAGAGAAAGAGCUCUGAUUGUACUUGAUAAAGGCAAAACUAGUACCGACCGUUCUCUGGAACUGACUGAACUGGAAGGAAGUAGUUCUGGUUGGCUUGGGUUGGAGCAGACCACUCAUCUAAUUCAAUAUUUAACAAAUUCGAAACCAUGCAAUAUUGGUUUGCCACCUCUUGUAUGUUUCUGGUUACGUUAUCCAGCGUCAUCCUGUAUGGUGUGUUUCGCUGCCCUACAGCUCUCGAUGGCACUCGAGCGAGCCGUAGCACUGUGGAAGAGUCAGCGCUACGAGUCUUACGGUCCCAAACUUGGAAUAAUUUCAGCAUUUUUCUCGGUAGUCGUAUCGUUUGCUACAGUUGCAUGGGUCGUAAGGGACGCAGAUAUCGCACCACGUGGCUUCUACUGUUCUUCGGUCACUGGAAAAACUGCUCACCGGAUUACACUACUGUCUUAUCUACUUUGCGCCAUCAACAUGAUUACGCUGAUCGCGAUCAUUUUCCUAAACAUUUUUAACAAAUUCGCCAUGACAUGGUUCACAAAAUCGUUCAGCCUACAGUCUUAUCAACUAUGCGAGAACGCUAGUGCUAUUCGAGUGAUGCUACCACUAAACGUUUUUCAAAUUAUGUCCUACUUGUUAUUUUCGAUAGGCGCCGCAGCAAUUGUUAUAAUGCGUAGCCAGCUAUCCGUGAUUACAUUUCAAACGCUCAUCACGUCAGUAUACGUUAUACCCUUCUAUACCUUGAUAUCUCCCAUUCUGAUAUGGUUCGUUAUCCGAUGGUCUAAACAGAUGAAAGCAAUGAAGCUGCAAAAUCUCAAACAGAAAAUGGAAGAGGAGCGAGAAAUCCACUUCCUCGAACUCGGCAGGAUUUGGAACGGUGUCACCGUGAAUAAAUAG